AACUUUUCAACCAUCUUGUUCACUCAAUCUCCCUUUUAUUAUCCAUCUAGCUCCCCGGCGAUCCGAAUCUUGUAAGAAGAAAAAUAUUUUCCUUUCUUCCAUCCAUUCGUCCCUCAAUUUCACCUCUUACCCUCUUUCUCCCUCUCUAUACACUUCUCGGGUGCUUGAUUGUUGUCUUGGUGGGGUUUUUCAUCUGCCUAUCAGCACUAAACCACUCUUGUAUCUCUACUCCCCUCGCCUCAUCUCCCUGCCCACCCCUGCUCCCCAAAUACAUCAGCUAUGGGAUCACGAGUAUUCACCCGCACACUCCUUACAGCUAGACCUCGCAUUUCCAACACCGCGAUCCGCCCACCCCAGAACCUAGGAUAUCUGAUGGCAACUAAGAAAUACGCUCUCCAUGGCUCUGCCAGAUACUCUAGCGCAGCGUCCUACAUAAAUAACCACGACAGAAUCGCCUCUCCUAUCAACACAAAGUAUUUUAUUGACAACCAAUUCGUUGACUCAAAGACCACAGAAUGGAUAGACCUGCACGACCCCGCGACUAACAACCUUGUCACAAGGGUGCCGCAGUCUACUGACGAGGAAUUGAAGGCUGCGGUGGACUCCGCUGCUAAGGCUUUUCCGGGUUGGAAGGCUACUAGUUUACUCGCUAGGCAGCAAGUCAUGUUCAGAUUUGUUGCCUUGAUUCGUGAGAAUUGGGAUAGGCUUGCGGCUAGUAUUACGCUUGAGCAGGGGAAGACUUUCGCCGAUGCUAAGGGGGAUGUGCUGCGGGGGUUGCAGGUUGCUGAGACUUCUUGUGGUAUUACUACUCAAUUGACUGGUGAGGUGCUCGAGGUCGCCAAGGAUAUGGAGACCAGAAGCUAUAGAGAGCCUUUGGGGAUUGUUUCGGCAAUUUGUCCCUUUAACUUUCCGGCAAUGAUUCCUCUGUGGUGUAUUCCUCUUGCCACGGUUACUGGUAACUGCUUGAUUCUCAAGCCUUCCGAGAGAGACCCUGGUGCUGCUAUGAUUCUUGCAGAGCUCGCCAAGGAAGCCGGUCUACCAGAGGGUGUUUUGAACAUCGUUCACGGUGCCGCCAAGACGGUCAACUUUAUCAUUGAUGAGCCCAGAAUCAAGGCUAUCAGCUUCGUCGGUAGUGACAAAGCAGGAAAGUACAUUUACACUCGUGGAUCCGAACAAGGAAAACGUGUGCAGGCCAACCUUGGAGCGAAGAACCAUGCAUGCAUCAUGCCCGAUGCAAAUAGAAACGCUACCGUUAACGCUCUUGUGGGAGCUGCGUUCGGGGCUGCUGGACAACGUUGUAUGGCACUUUCUGCUAUAGUGCUUGUUGGUGAAGCCCAGGAGUGGCUGUCGGAUGUAGUUGAACAGGCGAAGCGGCUUAAGGUCAAUGCAGGGUUUGAGGAGGGUGCUGAUCUUGGACCGGUCAUUUCAAAGCACUCUAAGGAGAGAAUUGAGAGUCUUGUCCAGAGCGCUGUUGAUGAUGGUGCCACACUACUAUUGGACGGCAGGGGAUACAAGCCCGAGAAAUACCCCAACGGAAAUUUCAUUGCCCCAACAAUCAUUUCCAACGUCAAGCCUCACAUGAAGUGCUAUACCGAGGAGAUAUUUGGCCCUGUUCUUGUGUGCAUGAAUGUCGACACAUUCGAGGAUGCUGUCGACCUUAUCAAUGCCAACAAAUAUGGUAACGGGGUCGCCAUCUUCACCAAUAGCGGAGCUACCGCAGCCAGGUUCCAGCGUGACAUCGAAGCCGGCCAGGUUGGAAUCAACACCCCUAUUCCCGGUGGAAAUUACUUUUAUGGGAAGUCAGGACUCAACUUUUACACUCAGUUGAAGACUGUUACCUCGUUGUGGAGAAGCUCCGAUGCAAUAUCGACCAAGGCUUCCACAGCCAUGCCCACCCAUUCAUAGAUUCAUAGGGAAACCUUUUCCGCUGUAGUAUCUGAUGAUUUCUGGGGGCCUUUCGCGUCGUUCUGUUUUCGUUCUGUAUAUCGGAAAUGCCUUUUUCUUGUAUUCUGAGACAAAACGGGAGUUCCUUCUCGUAGAGGCGAUAGUUUUGCGGCAGUAAUAAAUGAAAAUUAUUUCCCUCCUU